AUGACCUGCGAAGUGUUCGAGUUGAAAGAGCUGGUGGGUCUGCUCCACACCAUCAUGUUCCAUCGGGCACUGGGUCUCGUGCGGCCCAAGAGCAUCGAUUCAGAGCUCUUCGACAUCACCUAUGUGCAGUGCGGGGAUGCAGAGGUGGAGAGACAAAUAGAGGAGAAGAUCGGACAGUUUAGUCUAUGGCUAGAAAAGAACCCCACCAAGAAGGGACAGAUCUGCCUUUCUUUCUUUGAGAAGCGCCGUCCAAUCACAAGCUCCAGCUCAUCAGCCACGUCAUCUGGCAGUGCUUCUGGCCAGCCCUCCUCCUCCUCCUCCUCACCUUCCUCCUCCUCCUCCUCCUCUCCUGCACACGCCAGUGCAGUACACACCACUGCUCCCACCACCACUGCCCCCUCCACCACUGCUUUCAUUGGGACACUGCCGUCCCCAUCACCAUCACCAUCACACUCAUUUUCCCCCAUGGCUAAUGCUUCUGCCACCAACUCUGCUACCACGUCCAGGCCAGCUACUGGCCUGUCAGUUGCGUGGCAGCAUCACCAACAGCAGGGGCAGCAGGGGCAGCAGCAGCAGCAGCAGCAGCAGCGCAGUUCGCAACUAGAGGCGGAUGUGAGGGAGGCGCUGCUUUCGAUUCUCACAAUGGCCAAUGAGAAGAGAGACCAUCUGCCUCCAGUCCUCACGUCCUCCCUCGUCUCUUUCCCCUUUGAAAUAUCAGUCCCAAGCCUCACAGCUGGGGAGAUUGCUGAGCAGCUGCUGCUGGCCUCCCAGCGAGUGCCCAUUCGGAACGUUGUCUUCAUGGGCAUGGGAGAGCCUUUCAACAACCAUGCAGCAGUAAAGGCAGCUGUGGAGCUGAUGGUGGCUCCACACGGCUUCCACAUGUCGCCCAAACACAUCACCGUCUCAACUGUGGGUGUGGUGCCGCAUAUACGUUCCUUCGCCUCCGCCUUCCCCUCAGUCAACCUAGCUCUCUCCCUCCACGCUCCAUCACAAUCCCUCCGCGUCUCCAUCGUCCCAUCGGCUCGAGCCUAUUCCCUGGAUAAACUUAUGGGGGCUGUAGACGCGUACCAGAAAGACAGUGGGCGGCGAGUCUUUAUCGAAUACAUCUUGCUAGGAGGGGUGAAUGACAGCAUCACUGUAGCACACGAGCUCGGGCUGCUGCUGCAAUCACGCAACGUG